GCUCAGAGCUGCAAGCUGUUAGUUGGGAGCACCAGCACUGCGAACCAGUACCGGAGCUACCAUGGCCUACAGCCAGCAGAAAAAGAAGGAUAAAAUUGUAUUUGUGAGCAAAGAAGACCACGAAAGUCCCAGCAAUGCAGAGCUGGUGGUUGACGACCCCAAUGAUCCCCAUGCAGAGUAUGGACUGAUACUGCCAAGUGGAAACAUUAACUGGAAUUGCCCGUGCUUUGGAGGAAUGGCCAGCGGCCCCUGUGGAGAACAGUUCAAGUCUGCCUUUUCCUGCUUCCACCACAGCACCGAAGAAAUCCAGGGAUCCGAUUGUGUAGGUGAGUUCCAGGCCAUGCAGGAGUGCAUGCAGAAAUACCCAGACAUCUAUCCCCGAGAAGAGAAUGAGGACUCAGACUUGGACGAGUACUUGUUCCAGGAGGACCUGAAAAAUGAUGAGGAUGAGUAUGAGGAAGUGAAGGAUGAGGAAGAGGUCGAUGAUGAGGAUGACUACUUCAAGGGGCUUGAGAAUGAGGAGGUAGAGGACGAGGAGGAGGAGGACAAUGGCGACUAUUAUUACUAUGAAGAAGAGGAGGAAGAGGAUGAGGAAUAUUAUGAGGACGAUUACGAGAAAAACAAUUACAGCGACGAGCACGAGUACAAUGACAAGGAUGACUACUACAAAGAAGACAACAACAAGUAUUAUGAUGAGGAAGAUGACAUCUACUACGAGGCUGACUACCUGGAUGACGGAGAGGAAGAAGAAGAGGAUGAGGGUAUUUUCUAUGAGGGUGACUAUUUCGGUGAGGAGAAGGAGGAGGAAGAGCCAGAGGAGCCAGCAGAAUCCUGUGAGGAAGCAGAUGCCAAUGGGGCCCCCUCUGGAGUCGGGUUGCAGUACUUCAGCGCCUGAAGGCCACAAGCCUCAGCUGCUGCCCAUUUGCUUAGCCACAGAACUUUCUGCACUUUGAACACCUGCCUUUCAAUCUCUCACUCGCUAUCAAUGAAAGCAACCUUUCCUCUUGUUUUACGCACUGUAAUAUAGAAAAUAACUUACUUUGAUGAUCGGGGUCUUGGCGGCUUGCCUGACCCUGAAGAAAAGAGGUGUGUGUGUGCACCUGCAUUCUACAUAAACUUACCCCCAACACUUAGGCCACUGCCGAACUGUCCUCUCUGAGUGCCCUGGAUUCUGCCACUUUGAAAUAAUGUGAAGUUUCUCAACAGUCAAGAGCCGUUACUCAGGAAAGUCUCUUGCCCUUGGAGUAUCGCCCCAUCAGAAAAACUACCAAAAGAAAAUGGCAUCUGAUCUUCAGGCUUGGGGAAGAAGAUUUAAUGACUUGGUUUCCUGUUCACUUGCUGGUUUUCCAGGAGUGCAGCUUUGCCAUAGACUGUGAGUCUGGCCAGCUGAUCCAUUUCGUCCCACCAUUCCACAUUCCACAUAGCUUUUCCUCCAUUUAAUGAAAAUGUUGGAAGGAAAAAGCAACUCAGGCCAUGAGCUCAACUUUUAAUCCUCUGUGGAAAGUUGCAAAGCAGGAAAUGCAUACCUCGAUCAAGAAAAUGGUGAACACGUUUUAUAGAACCGAUUUCCUUUGGGUCCAUCUUCCUUUUCUGGGACAGAAAAUAACUAAAAUGAUUUAGGGAACAGCCAAAUAUUUUCUUUAACCUUAGAGUUCUUAGAGAAAUGUAUUUUUCUCAUGAGACAGGAGAUUUUCAUUUUCUUAUACAUGUUCUGUUUUAUGACUUAAUAUUUUCCACACCCCAUCAAACAAAAGGAUCUUAGAGAAAACCAGGUGCCCAAAACUAAAGAGUACUAUUAGUGGUGAAUUGGAGACAACCUUGAGCAAAAUCAGCUCUUAGCCAAUAUGGCCAUCUGUCAGUGAUAUGGAUUUGUUUGUUUUCUGUAGCUUAUUCUUUUUGUCAAAGUUGUAUAGAGAAAAUGACUCUUGAUAUUAGCUGAUUUAAGCAUUGGUCCCCUUUAAAAGUGAAAAUUCUAUUUAACUAAUUUGAUUACUCCCAUAGCUAAAAGGGUACUUGGAAAUGAGAAAUUUUAUUUUUUUCAAAGUUUAGAAUAUCUAGUGGAAUGCAUAUUAAUACACCAGUCAGAGGGUUUGACAAAAUGAAUAGUGAAAAGCAAGCCUUUGCUUACAAAGGACUGUUACCCCAAUAUAUAACCAGCUAUUAAAACUCAACAACACUCGACUGAACACUCAGACUUAAAAUGAACAAAACUCAGGACAGACACUUUACUAAAUAAGAUUCUUCAACUCCUAGCUUUUUGGCCUGAGCAACUAUCAUGAUAAAGUUGCCAUUUCCUGAGAUGGGAAUGCUCCCUGGGCAAGGGUAUAUAUACUACAUUACCUUACCCAAAGCUGAACUACAUUUCCUAAUUUUUUUUCCUCUAGAUCUGUCCACUGUUGUAUGAAUAGCCUACAGUUCUAGGUUAGGGUGGUCAGAAUAAAAACUGAUGAGAUCUGGAAGGCAGAACUGGAGCAUCAGGUGUUACACCUUGAAGAUUUGUGCCAGGUACCAGGCACUGCUGCAGUUCACACACACUGUUGCUGACCUGGUAAAGAGUCUCCAGUGAUGGUAUGGAAGAGGGGUAGGCAGUAGCUGUAAUCUCAGUUCUCACUGGAUCUCUUUCCCCUCAGCUUUUCUGAAUCCAGGGCCAGGUUUCUAUACAGCUCAGUGAGAAGGGAAGUAGACCCUUCUAUAAGUUACCUCUAUCAUUAGGGUUCAAGGCAGUGAGCCCAAGACAGGAUAAUCCUCACUGGUCCCAUUAAACCUUGUGAGCCUUGAUUUCUUGUGUUUCAUCCCCUACUUUUCUUGCUUUCUUGCACUACUAAACCGCCAUGAAUCAGGUUCACUCUUUAAGACAGAAGCAACAGCCCUCCAUCAAUCCCAGUAGCUUCCCUUAGUGAUUCCUGAUGGAUAAUGACUUUGCUCUUAUUCUUCCACUGUUUUCUCCCACACCUUACUUCCCUAGCUUCUGCCAUGAUUGUAUGGAGCCUGAUUCCUAUAAAUAAAUGCUAUUCUACAGCACACACA